GGACUUCCAGGAGCCAAGCCUGAAGUCAUCUCUCAGCUGGAGCGAGGGGAAGAGCCAUGGGUCCUGGACAGAAAGGGAGCUAAGGAGAGCCAGGGCCUGGGGAGUGGCCACUCAGCUGCAGAAGGAGGCAGGAAAACAUGGAGAGUGUUUGUAGCUGCUGCAAACCAGACCUGGGCUCUCUGCUGGCCUCUGAGCACCCCCCUGGUGGAGAGCUCAGAUGCUAUUUGAGUGCCUUUUGGAUUCGGCGCCAAGAGACUGUACUUUGGAGAUGAGAAGAUUUUGCACAGAAGCACCUGGUCACCCCACCUCUAGCAUGGCCACAGAGAAGUGAGCGAGAUGUAGAUUACUAAUGAGCACAGAAGCAGAUGCCUCACUGCUGCUGGUAUCAAAGCCAUCAGGAGCAGAGUGUGCCAGGUCAUUGUCCUGGGAAUUCCUCAAGAUAGAUUCGUGUCUGCACCUGCCCAGCCCCACACUGUAGUUUUUAACUUCAUGAGUUGUACUUACAUGUUGUAAUGGGAGUGAAAGGAUUUUGCCUCUCUGAAGGGCUGUUUUGUUGUCAUUUUAACUCUGUUCCUUUGCCAGAAAAUCUCAGAUAUGAUGGCAGUACAGCCUAUAUGCAACAAGACAGUUUAUCUUGUCCAUGGGAAUGCGAAAUCAAGAAAGAGAAGCAAGAUGCAGACUUGGGUCUGAAGCCGUUAAUUAAAGAGGAAAUAACAGCGAUUCUGGAGAAGACACGGAUGGGGAAGAUUGAUGAAGAAAAUAAAGAAACAGAGCGAAGCUUGUGUCCAAGUCCUAGCCCUGCCUGCCGCUCCCAAGGUCGGGCGGCCGGGCGGCAGGGCGCUGCGGGCGGAGAGCGGCCCUACCGGUGCAUGGAGUGUGGGAAGGGCUUCGGUCGCAGCUCCCACCUGCUCCAGCAUCAGCGCAUCCACACUGGGGAGAAGCCGUAUGUGUGUGGCGUGUGUGGGAAGGCCUUCAGUCAGAGCUCAGUCUUGAGCAAGCACAGGAGAAUCCACACUGGGGAGAAGCCCUACGAGUGUGACGAGUGCGGGAAGGCUUUCCGUGUGAGUUCCGACCUCGCGCAGCAUCACAAGAUACACACAGGGGAGAAGCCCCACGAGUGUCUCGAGUGCCGGAAGACCUUCACCCAGCUGUCCCACCUCAUCCAGCACCAGCGGAUCCACACCGGGGAGAGGCCCUACGUGUGCGCCCUGUGCGGGAAAGCCUUCAACCACAGCACGGUGCUGCGGAGCCACCAGCGGGUGCACACGGGGGAGAAGCCGCACGGGUGCCUGGAGUGCGGGAAGACCUUCAGCGUGAAACGCACGCUGCUGCAGCACCAGAGGGUGCACACAGGUGAACGGCCCUACACGUGUGGUGAGUGCGGAAAAGCCUUCAGCGACCGCUCGGUGCUCAUCCAGCACCACAAUGUGCACACCGGGGAGAAGCCCUAUGAGUGUGGCGCAUGUGGGAAGACCUUCAGCCACCGCUCCACUCUGAUGAACCAUGAGCGCAUUCACACCGAGGAGAAGCCCUACGCCUGCUACGAGUGCGGGAAGGCCUUCGUGCAGCACUCGCACCUGAUCCAGCACCAGAGGGUACACACUGGGGAGAAGCCCUACGUGUGCGGCGAGUGCGGACAUGCCUUCAGCGCGCGCCGCUCCCUGGUGCAGCACGAGCGCAUCCACACUGGCGAGCGGCCCUUCCCGUGCGCUCAGUGUGGCAAGGCCUUCAGUCUGAAGGCGACACUGAUCGUUCACCUGCGGACGCACACUGGUGAGCGGCCCUACGAGUGUAGCAGCUGUGGAAAGGCCUUCAGCCAGUACUCCGUGCUCAUCCAGCACCAGCGCAUCCACACGGGCGAGAAGCCCUACGAGUGUGCACAGUGCGGCCGUGCCUUCAACCAGCACGGGCACCUGAUCCAGCACCAGAAGGUGCACAGCAAGCCCUGAUAUGCCCUGGCGAGCUGGCCGGACUGAUGGGCGCCGUUCCCAUCACCUCUCGGCUCCCUCUGCCCUCUGUGGUGAGUCAGUGUUGCCAAGUAACUCAAAAGAGACGCUUUGGGUGUGUUCUUCCCGUGGGGAAACCUCAGAGAAUACCUAUUUUGUUUUACUCAGCUUCUUGGAGUUAUAUUAACAAGCAAUCAUACAAUUGUAGUGAACUUUGGUAAAGACAGCUGUAAUUAUUACUUUAACAUUACAUAGUUUAUUUCAAGCGAGUUACUAAGGAAAGUUAAGGCAUAAGAACUGCUCCAGUAAAACUUUGUUAUAUUUGAGAUAAAAUUCUUUUUCUUAGGACACUACAUUCCUUUCCUAAAUAUAAUUAACCAUCUAAUUAUUGUACUUAAAAUUAGAAUUUUGGGCUAUUUUCAAUAUUCUGUUAAAACACUGAAGUGCUCUGUGGACAAAGUGAUAGAAAAAGAGAUUGUCAUCAAGUACCAUCAUGUAAAAUGGCUGAAAAUCCAAAGUGUGUGUAAAUAUGUUUUGUAUGAAAAAAAGGAAAAAAAAUCUAAAGAUAUAUUAGUGAAAAUUAUGUAAAUUUAGAAGACUUACUUUUUUUUUUCUUUUAGACAGAGUCUCACUCUGUCACCUUCAGUAUAGUGCUAUGGUGUCAUAGCUUACAGCAACCUCAAAUUCCCGGGCUCACGUGAUCCUCCUGCCUCAGCCUCCCAAAUAGCUGGGACUACAGGUGCUUGCCACAAUGCCCUGCUAAUUCUUUUUUUUUUUUU